AUGCUUCCAAGCAUCAAUUUCCAUUCACGAAAGUUUCGAAAGUCUGAACAGGCCUCCGGUUCUUAUACCGACCAACCUCAACCACCGUCAAAUCCUCCACAGGCCGCUUCAGCCUUCGACCCUCUUUUUGACAUUUUGGGGCUUUCAUCCUUUCGAAUGGCGUCCCAUGGAACACGGAUCCUGACCUUCAUCAAAAUUUCAAUAACAAGCAAAGAGGUAUUUUUGUUGCAAUAA